UUGCUCAGUUGCUCCACUUCACUCAACUGCUGAAACCGCAACAAUGCAACAGCAACUGCAAAACCAAAAUCAAAAUCAAAAUCAAAAUCCAUGGAACUUAAGAAUUCAGGCCAAGAUUAAUCGCCAUUUUAGUCUCGAUUUCAAUCUCAAUCUCCACACUCGCCUACCUCCUUUUUCUCUCCUCCUCGAUCUCAAAUUCCUAAAAUCCCAUAUUUUCCUUUGCUCCGAUUUCUCAUCUUCAACUAAACCUAAAAUCAGCCACAAAUUUCUUCGAUUUUUCAGUAAAUUAAUACCCAAGAAGUCCAAAAUUUCACCAAUUUCUUCCCAGAAACCAACAAUUAAGUCGAAACUCAUCCGAUAUCCUAGCAAAUUACUGUCGAAGAAAUCCAAGAAAAUCCCGCCCGUUUCUUCCCUGAAAAGCGCCGUGAAUUUGCAAUCUUUUUGGGUCGCUUUGCUUGUUACAAUAUGGCUGGGAUGUUCUCCCUGUGAGUUUGAAUAUAAAAGCACUUACGCGUUGAAUUCUGCUAUCAAUGUUGGCGUCUUUCACAACAUAUGUGACUACUACUACUACUACUAAUACGAGUACUGCACCAUUAGAUAAGCACUGUCAAGCAACAAAAUACGAGUACUUCAUCAUUUUGGAAUCGAGGAGAAAACUUUGAAGAAUGACUUAAUUGACAAUGGCAGCACCUGUUGAUUGAAAGUAUCAAGCGUUGGACUCUUGGUAAAAAAGAAGAAUGAAACUAAACCAUAAUAUUUCUUGCUCUUGUUUUCUUUGAAGGAAAGUCGUGAGAAUCAGAAGCCUAGAUUUGUUUCGUUGAACUUUGAACUUCCAAUAUGGUACCCAGUUUGACUGAUUAUGUUUUUGAAAUGUUGAAAUGUUGAAGUAUUACUGAACUCAAUAAGUUUAUCCUCUCUCA